AUGGAAGCCCAUCAUCGAAUCCACACUGGGAAGCUGGCAUACCCUUGUACGAUGUGCGACAUGAGCUUCUCAAAACCGUCCUUGCUCGCGGCUCACAACAACACGCACAAGGAAGGCAAGCCUUUCCAGUGCGACCAGUGCGACAAGAACUUCAACGACCAGUCGCUCCUCGUGGCCCAUAAGAGGACCCACACCGGGGAGAAGCCUCACAAGUGCAGCCACUGCAACAAAUGGUUCCCCAACCGCAACAGCUUGGUGGAACACGAAGAGUGCCACCUGAAACCCAAGCCGUACAAGUGCCGGCACUGCGAGAAGAGCUUCAACGACAAGACCCUGCUCAUCACCCACGAGGGAGUGCACACGGAUACGAAACCCUUCAAGUGCACUCAGUGCAACGAGAGCUUCUUCUUGAAGACGCAGCUGGUGGCCCACCAGGCCAACCAUGGUCCCGAUAAACCCUAUCCAUGCCACCAGUGCGAGAGGAGCUUCAACAAGAAAGAGACUCUCUUGGCUCAUAUCCGGGUGCACAACGUGCAGAGCCUGCAAGUGCAGAAAAAGCUUAAGCCAUGA